GAACGAUUAUCAUCUCUUGCCCAAGUGCAUGUGGAUAGCAGGUCUAAUCUAGCAUGUUGGUGGGGAUCUAAUAGGAAGUAAGAAAGAAGAACAAAAGUAACUUCAGGCCUGCAAUAGAGAGCCUGCAAUAAUCUCUGCUAGAUCUCUGUUCACUCUUAGGGUGAUUGUUAUUAAUGCUAACACCAGCUCUUAAUAUCUAUUGAUUUGUUUGUCAUUAUAGACUUAUAACACUAGUAAAAGUCUUGAUCUUUAUACUUUAAAAGAUCUCUUAAGUUAACUUCGUGACAAAAUGGAAGCCAUAGAGCAAGAGGUAUUUACUGAAGAAAGAGUAAUUGAGGAACCUCUAACACUUCAGGAUCCUGACAUUCCAUUGAUAAAACCGGAGGAUCAAUGUGAGCCAGCAAACACUGAUGGGACUGUUACUUGUAAGGAUGCUGAAAAUCCAUCCUCAGCACCAAUCCUGCUAUCUGCAGUUAUUGCACCUGAAGUGGAUCCUGAAAAUGUCUUGCGGAGCCCUCCUAAACUUGUGCCUGCUGUUGUAGCUCCAAAGAGGAAAAGUGAUGAGUCUAUUCAUAAGUUGAUAAAACCACUCACUGGCAGUAUGAAAAAUACACCUGCUAGUUUGUCAAUCAUUGAUGCUCCUUCAUCAACCUUAAACAAAUCUACAAGGUCUACAAGGUCAUCUAUUGACCCAACUUUUGCUGCGAAACAAAGAAGUUUUCUGAACAAAGUACAUAAUGCCCUCUCAUCUCAACCCUUGGACGACACAAGUUGUGAAAGUGACCAAGAGAUUGUCGCAGAUGAUGAUGUUCAAAACGAUACAUCACCUUUGUAUAUUCCUGGGCUUGAGGGUAUUCAGCCAAGACGAUUGAGUGGACUUCAGAAUAGUGGAAGCAAAAGACGACGAGAGGAUAGUCCUGCCCAAAAAGUGAAGAUCCCAUUAGCUUUGAAUAAUGACCAUUCUCAUAUUAGCCCGGCUAGUGUUAAAGAUACCAUUGAACCCUUAUUGAAGAAAAAGGCAUUAGUCCUGGAUGGCAAAGAUAGUUUGAGUGACAUAUUUUGCUGGCUGUGCCAUCGAGAAGAUCCUGAUUUAAGCUGUGCAACUUGUCCUCGAGCAUUUCAUGGCCAUUGUCUUCGCCGCCCAGUGUCAAACAAUUGUGAUUCAGAGUGGAUGUGCCCUGAAUGUGUAACAAUAUUGAGAGCUGAAAAUCAGGAAACAAGGUCAAAAGCACUUAAAAUGCUGACUCUUGACCAGCUGUGCAAUUUACUUUUGUUUGCCGUGGAGAGGAUGAAAUAUUGUAGUGGUGCAAAUGUAUUUGAGAGCCCAGUGGAUCCUGAAGAGUUUCCUACCUACCAUGAUUACAUAGUCAAUCCUAUGUAUUUGGCUCUUUUGGAGAAAAACAUAAAAAGAAAAAUGUAUGGUUCCACUGAAGCUUUUGUUGCUGACGCUUCAUGGAUUGUUCAUAAUUGUAUUGUUUUUAACUCUGUCAAUUCAAAAUUAACGUCUAUAGCAAAAAAUAUUUUGAGAGUAUGUAAGCAAGAAAUGUCAGAAAUUGAAAACUGCCCUGAUUGUUAUAAUUAUGCUUAUACUGCCGAUGAGAAUUGGUUUAUUCAAGUCUGUCAAAAACCACAUGUUCUUGUCUGGGCAAAAUUAAAGGGAUUUCCAUAUUGGCCAGCUAAAGCAAUGCGAUGCAAUUCUGAUGCCAUAGAUGUCAGGUUUUUUGGUGCACAUGAUAGAGCAUGGGUUCCAGCAAAAGAUUGUUAUCUGUAUAGUCAAGAAAAUCCAAAUCCUAAUGCACCCAGUAAAAUUCAACCUACUCAAGCAUCCUUAAAGAAGAAGAACCCCAAAAAUAAUCUAGAUGUCUGCAUUGAGGAACUAGAGUUGCAUAUCCAGCUAUUGAAAGAAAGAUUUUCUACCUUUCAAUAUAGUCCUCUGAAAUCACCUGUACUUCCCAGGAAUCUUGAAAGUCAUUUAAAAUUUAUGUUACCUGAGUAUAAGCCAAAUGAAUCAAAAUCAGCUGCACCUUCAAAACUAUCCCCACUGAAACGCCAUAAUUUUGAGGUCUUGAAGACUUCAGUAUCUUCUGAACCCCUCAUAAAACGGAUGAAGGCCGAUAGUUCUUCUCCUCAGAUAAGUCUUGGAAAAACAUUUAAAAGUGCCAAGGAGAAAGACCAGGUGCCCUCAGACACAGUGGUCAAACCAGAAUGCAAAGAAACUGGAGUCCUCUCUUCCAAGCCUGCUCCUGUAGCAGCACAUGAGAACAGUACAAUAACCACCAGUGAUUCCACUACCAGCAAUUCUGAAGAGAAUGUUAAAGUACCUAAACAAAAUUGCACUAGCAAUUUACAAACACCUGCUUCUCGUACUAGUAUUGCUGAACUUCGUCUGAAGAAAAAGGAUGCUCGCAAAAUUGGCCUUGUGGAUAGGCUUCAAGAAAAAAUUGCACUCUGGGUUGCUCGAUCGGAUCAAGAUAUUACUAAAGUUACUUCAAAGGAAAAGAGUGAUGACAAUUUUCAGCCUGAAGAUCCUGAAGGAGAUGAAGACACUGAAGAUGACAAAGCAAAGGAGACUCAUGGAUAUCCAUCAUCAUCUGGAGACAAGACUGAUGAUAAGACAGCUAAACAGACUGUGCUCUCUGAUGAAAGUUCAAAAUCUGAAGUAAACUCGAUUAAAAUAGAUAUAACAGCCGCUGCCAAACCUGUGAAUGAGUUUUUGCAAUCAUUCAACCUAACCAAUCAGCCAAAAGUGAUCCUUAAGAAACUUAUACUACCAAAACCUAAAGCAGAAGCCAACUCAAACUUACCGGAUGAUGGGACAGUCAUUAAGACUGAGAAUGUGUCUGAUGAAGAAGUAGAUCAAAAUUCACAAAAUCAUUUUAGUCAGCUUAACAAAAAUGUGAAGAAAGUUAUUGUUUCUGAGUUGAAAUUGAUAAGAGAUGAAGAAAAUUCCAAAGAUGAGACAGAGUUACCAAAUCCCACAACUCAAGAGAAAAAGUUAAAAUCCCAGACUACAGAGUGUGUUACUUCUACCACAAAUACUGCCCCAAGUUCUGUUCAUGUCAAGAAACUUUCUAAUCUGUCAACUAACAAAGUAAUUGCUGAAGCAUUAUCAGAUCAUGCAAAGUCCGGAACUUUGGAUAAAGCACAGAAUAAUUCUGAUGUUCCAGCUGUGCCUACUACCCAAUCAUCAGUUCUGGAUGCUACUUCAUGUAAAGAAGAACCAGAAUCUGAUCCUGAGUCAAAAAUAGGAACAAAUACAGCAACUCCUGAUAAAAAUCCAGGGGAAAAUUCUAAUAUUGCUCAAAUUACUGUAACCAAAAGUGAGGAAGUGAAGCCCAAAAGAAAAUCCACCACUCAACGUAAAACUGCUAGAAAAACUAUAGUGGUUUCCAACCCAGCUGCUAAUCCAUCUGUGAAAAAGACUGCUUCUUCUAAGAAAUCUAAGCUUGCUUCAACAAAGUCAUUUUCCAGCUUAAAAGCUGCCAUCUCUGAUUCUGACGAAUCUUCCGUCCUUACGGUUGCAGAUAAUGAAAACAGCUCUCAGUUAAACAAUGAUACUGACAAUCAACUAAGUGCAUUGAAGUCUUUGCUAUCAAAAAAUGUAACUGUUUGUUUAGAGAACCCUGCCAAGAAUGACAUCCAGCAGGUUGUACUAAAUACUGAUAAAGUGAAAACACUCUGUGAAAACAGUGUUACACCUCAUGUGGUUUCACUGAGUUUACCAAAUUCCAAAGCCAAAACCAUAGUAAUUCAGUCGGGAAGUACUAAGAGGCUACAAGAAAGUCCUCCUAAAAUCAUAACUAGUUUUAGUGCAACUACACCUGCACAGCGCCUAGCACAUGGUGCCACAAGUAUCCUAAAAGUGGUGAAAGCUACCUCUCCUGGGGAAAUAAAAUCUAUAAAUGUUAGUGGUGACAGUGAACAGGUUUUAAAACAACCAGCACGUCGCACAUAUGUAGUACAAGGAAAUAUUGCCAUUUCAAAGCCCCAGAACUCAAGCCCAUCUCCUGUAAAGUCGACAUUUGUAACAGUUUCUCAGUCUCCAACAGGUGUACCUUUCGUGCGUAGAAUUUUACCCAGAGCCAUACCGCUAGCACCACCUCUCUCAACCCCUGUCAGUGGAGCAGGAGCCGGCUCCAUCCUGGCCUCCAAUAAAACAGACUCUUCCUCCACACCUGAGAAUGUUGCUAAACUCACUCAAAGAAUUAGUGUGAGAUCUUUACCAACUUUAGUGACAUCUUCACCCACUCCAGCGUUAUCAUCAAAAGCUGUCACACCUCUUGAACAGUCAAACCUAACACCAGAAGACAGAAGUAUUCUGAAGAAAUCUCCUCAAAUUACAGUGGGUGCCCCUAAGGAGUCCAAAAUAGAGAUCCCUGCCAAAUCUUCAUCUAACUUGAGAGAAAUGCCGCCAUUAUCAAUAGCAUCAGUCUGCAGUUUACAACCUCCUUCUGUACAAGCCAUCUCUGGGUCUAGUGCACAAACUCAAACAUCAAGUUCCAGAAAUAAUUCCAAAGUCUUUGCAGGUGUUGGUCCACUCUCUAGUGAACUGCAGUCUCAGGCCAGCAAGAUGACAGAUGUUUUUAUGAGCUGUCUUAAAGACUGUUUGAGUGAUAUGGGAAAUAAGGGGAGUCUUGAAGCUCAAAUCCGUUGUCUUCAAUUAGAUAUAGAACACAUGCAGUGGCAACACCAACAAGAAAUAGAGGAACUUCGCCAUAAUACUGAGCUAGUUAUAUCUGAGGUGAAAGAUCGAAUGAAAGUGGAGUCUCAACUAGCAGUUAACACUGCAUUAGCAAAUGCUCGUAAGGAAAAGGAUGCUGCUAUAGAAGCUACCAAGGAAAAACAGUGGUGUGCCUUUUGUAAGAAAGAAGCUAUGUUUUAUUGCUGCUGGAAUACAUCAUAUUGUGACUACCGCUGUCAGCAAAAUCACUGGCCCUCCCACAGUCUUACAUGCACUCAGAAUGCUUCAUCAGUGGAUGCUGAACGUCAGUCCAGCCUUGAAAAUGGACAGUCUGGAAGGAGAAUUGUCAUCAGGCGUAAGGAGGUGCUUUCACCUCCUCUCUUGAAGAAGUGCUGAUGAAUGAAGAGGGCGUUUUCAUAUGAAGACAUGCAAAGAAAAUGAAAACAGGUGUUUUGGCUCAUUUUGAUAUACGGUAUAAUGUCAAUGUCUACCUUAGUUUUCAUGACUAGCUCUUUAAAUCUAAAACUGAAAAUGUAUUCAGUUCCAUGAUUGAUGUCAUCCUGUAUUUUAGUAAAUAUUCUUUUCUGUGAUAAUAUUGUUAUUAUGCUCAAUCAAUUGUAAUACCAUAUGAAGUAACAUGUAACAUGUAUU